AUGUCAUUCAAAGAAUUAUUAAUCGAAAUUGGUCCAGAAAACUUAUUACCAGAAAAAUUGUUACCAAGCUUAUUGCAGAUCAAACCCAACGAAAUUGAUCAAGGUAUAGCAUUAAUAUUAGCUGAAAUAUUGAUACCUGGGUCUCAAGGGUUAUCCCAAGGAUUGACUUUUGCCAGUAGCUUGCCAGGCUCAAAUGCCAAAGGCGCUCAAUUACAAACAUGUUUCAAAUCUAUUGAAAACUCUGGGAAAUUCAAUGUCAACUGGUACGAAGUGUUUAAUCACGUGCAUCAAUAUUUAUUUGACUCGUCACAAAGAGAUAUCCAACCAUCAGUUGGCAGCAUUACCCAGUUUUUAUCGUCAUUAGAUUUCAAACAAGAACCAAUAGAUAUAUUCUUGAACUACGAAUGGUGGUUCAAUAAGACAUUGUUGUAUAUAUUGCACUCACUGGAUGCAUCCCAGGGUGGUUAUGAUAUAUCGUUGCUGCCUAAUUUAGCUUAUUGUUUUGAGGAAGAUAAAACCACUCCCCAAACAAGAAGAAACAUUUUGAAAUUUAUUAAUGUGGGUAAACUAGAAAUCCAAGUGAUAACCAAAAUACAACAGCAACAGCAACAACAACAACAACAACAACAACAACAACACCAAUUGAGUGAGCAAGAUAAGAAACUAAACGCGUUUUUAAAUCAAUUGUUUGAGCAUGAUUAUCGUGUGUUCCCAGAAUAUAUUUUGGCCGCUGCAUUAACUGUCGUUGAGAAAUCCCAAUUUAUAAAUGACUUGAUUGACACGUUGUUUUAUUUGUUGGUAGAUAGCGCUAGUCCUUCGUUGCCCAAAGUAGUACGUUUACUCAAGGAAUCGGGACUUGCCGCUAUCAAGUUGGCUGAUUACUAUAAGAGCAGAAAAACCAUUGAUGCAGCAGACAAAGUGUUGACUUUGGCAUCAAGUUUUGGAUUGACCCAAGAAAUAUUGGAUAUCUUUUGGGCAUUUGAUCUGAAAAUUGCUAUAAAAAUUUUGGUAGAAUCCAGUCUUUUUGGAUAUGACUACAAAUCUGUUAUUGACUCCAAGCUUAAAGAUCCACAGGUCAAAACAUCCAUCUAUCAAGCAUUGUGUGAAGCAUUGGACGAGCGGGCCCAAAAAGAUUAUGAAAGGGGCCAACAGGUUCAGCAAGCACAACAACUUCAACAGCAACAAGCGCUCCCACCUCAUCAAGUUUUGAAAAUCCCUACUGUUUAUUAUUUACUUGAAAAAAUCAAAUCGAGUAAUGGAGUUGUUGAUGCUAAGACGUUGAGAAAUCUUCAAUUAUUGUUGUUAACAACCUAUCCAAGGUUAAUCAAUUUUGGAAAUGGUCAUGAUGAAGCCAUUUUGGCCAACGAAGAGAAAUCUCCAUUCUUCCCACCUUCUGUUGAAAUGGAAAUGAAAGCUUAUUAUUCUAAAAUGUAUAACAAAGAGCUUGAGAUUAAAGAAAUUGUUGACAUGUUGACUCAAAUGAAGGCCAGCGAUGAUCUCCACAGUCAAGAUGUCUUUGCAUGCAUGAUCCACUCUUUAUUGGACGAGUAUAAGUUUUUCUCAGAGUAUCCAUUGUCAGCAUUAGCUUCAACAUCCUUGUUGUUUGGUGCACUUUUAGAAAAGGAUUUGAUUCAAGGUACGACUUUAACUGUUGCAUUGAAUUUUAUUUGGGAAUCUUGUAACCAACCACAAGAUUCACAUUUGUUCAAAUUUGCGGUACAAUCAUUGUACAACUUCAAAUCAAGAUUGCAUGAGUAUCCAAUUUAUUGUAAACACUUGUUGGAAUGUCGUUCAUUAUCUGCGCAUGCCAAGAUGUACCAAAUAGUGAAGGAUGCAGCUAAUGGUAUUCCAUGUACCACUGGUGCAGCUCCUACUCAAACUAAUACACCAGAUGUUGGUCCAAAAUAUCAGUCUAUUAAUUAUGUUGAUAGAACUAUAGGCUAUGCAACCCAAGAAGAACCACCAGAGUCUAUCAGAGAUAAGUUAUUAUUCAGUGUCAACAAUAUGACAGGUGAAAAUCUUAGAUUAUCUGAGAUCCAAGAAGUAUUGACUGAGAGUUAUUUCGCAUGGUUUUCAGAUUAUUUGGUAUCAGACAGAGCCAAGGCAGAACCAAACAACCACGAAUUAUAUUCCAAGUUGGUCAAGUCGUUAGCAAAUCCAAUCUUUUUUGAGUAUAUUUUGAAUGUUUCUUUGAAAGAGGUUGAUUAUAUUAUCCGUAAUUUUAAGGAUUCAAGAAGCGAAAGAAACCAACUAAAGAAUUUAGGUGCUUGGUUAGGACGAAUCACAUUAGCCAAUGAUAAACCAUUGAGAAGAGAUUAUAUUGCCUUGAAGUUUUUAUUAGUGGAGGCGUACGAUUUCAACUCGUUGCCAUUGAUUCUUCCGUUUGUGUGUAAAAUCUUGGACCAGGCUCAAUAUUCAAAAGUGUUCAAACCACCAAACCCUUGGGUUGUUGGGGUUAUGAAGGUUUUAGCUGAGUUGUAUGAAUGUGCUGAUUUGAAAUUACAAUUAAAAUUUGAAAUUGAAGUGUUGUUGAAUUCAUUCAAUAUGAAGAUCAAAGAUAUCGAGCAAAGUACUAUUAUUAGAAAUCAUAAUCCUGAACCAACUGCAUUAGCAAGAAUGUUUGGUAUCAGUUCACAAUCAGUGAAUUUGGCAAAUGAAAUGACAAGAUUGUCUUUAGAGGGCUCGCAAUUGGGUAAUAAUAUCCAAGCACCAUUCCCACAACAAAUUAUUGAAUCUAAACAGUUCCCAGGAAUCUCCCAACCACAGAUGCAAAAUGUUUUACAACAGCAACAACAACAACAACAACAACAACAGCAGCAACAAUUACCACCGCAGCAACAGCUUCCAGGGCAGUUGCCACCUCAACAACAAGCGGAACCAGCUUUGGAUACCAGUUUCAGCACGUUAAUUGGGAACUCUAUUUUCACUCAGCAUGCAAAUUUGCGCAGAGCAUUUCAAGCAUCUUUAUCUCGUGCAGUUAGAGAAUGUACUCCACACAUUUGUAACAAAGUUGUGGAAACUGUUGUUACCACCACCAAAGCUUUAAUCACUAAGGAUUUUGCUACGGAACGUGAUAUUGAGAAAUUUCGCAACAGUUAUCAGAAAUUGGCAUUGCUGUUGUCUCAUGCAAUGGUGUCAUGCAAUGGAAGAAAAGCAUUAGUUGAAACAAUCGAGGCUACUAUGUUGCAGUUAUUGGGCAACAAUCCAAAUGAAGUACCUUUAGCUGAAUUGAAUAGUGCCAUUCAAGCCAAUGUUGGUUUAUGUGUUGAUAUUGUUGAUGUGUUGGUAGGUGAAAGUAUUCUUGACAUCAUAGAGGCAAGAAUGCAGACAGAAGUGUUUUUGCGUGAACAUCAUACUGCCACAGCUCCAAAUGAACCAUUUAUUGCAGAAGGGGCCAGUGAUUACUCGUUGAGAUUACCAAAUCCUUUAGGAUUAGCACUUACCGGAUUGAGUGCACAGCAAUUGAAGAUUUAUGAACAUUUUGGAGAAGCAAGAGUGGAUCAAAUUGUACCUCCUCCAGGAAGUACCGGUAUAACACAACAACAAACACAAUCAUUAGCACCAUUACAACAGCAACAACAGCAACAGCAACAGCAACAACCAGUAUCUACAGUAGUAGCGGCAGCACCAGCACCAGCGCCACCACAACAACAACAACAACUGAAAGAACGCAUUGCACAAGCACAAGGUGUUCCUGAUGAUAUUGUUUCGUUUGAACAAUUGUUUACUGCUAUUACUGCCAACUGUGACAAAGCCGUUCAACUUGUUUCUGAAGUCACAGAAACCAAGUUAGCAGAUUUGCCACCAAACCAUUCCAUUAUGGCGGCAUUGACUCAAGCUUUGGUGAUUGCACAGACCAAUGCCAUAAAAUAUCCUGAGUUGUUAUUAAAGGCUGCACAAUAUGCAGUCAACUGUUUGUUUACUCAGACACACGAAAACCCAAUGAGUAAUGAAAUCUAUGUUGUUAUUUUAGACAAAUUGUGUGAGUAUUCACCUUCUACCGCCAAAGAUGUUAUUUGGUGGCUUGUACACUCAUCUGAUCAACGUAAGUUUAAUAUGCCAGUUAUGCUUUCAUUAUUGAAAGUUCAAUUAAUCCAGCCAAUUAAAUUAGAUUUAUCUAUUGGGAAAUUGAUUAAAGAAACAAAUAAUCCGGUUGUAGUAAAGUUUGCUGCUAGUUUGUUGACGAAUAUUUUUACUUCCGAAGAGAUGCGUCCUAUUGCGUUACGAUCGGAAUUUGCUAAUACAUUAGAUGCCUUAUCUAAAUACCAAGCAAAUGAUCAAAGUGAAGAAGACAGACAAGCAAAGGAGGCAACUAGUACAUUGUUCAAACUCUUGAGUGAGGCAGCACCCGCUUCAAACCAAUUAUUUGCUCAAUUGGGUUAUAUAUUUGCUGAAUGGGUAAGAUUGUUGACUCAUGGAGACGAUGCAACAAAUGAAUUACAAAUUGAAUUUGUCAAGGGAUUGAUUCAAUCUGGUAUACUUAAUAAUCCUGAAUAUGUAAAGACUUUUUUCAAAGCGGCCAUUGAGAUUUCCAUUACAUCGUUUGCCACUGAACAUGAAUUACGUUCAAGAACUCAACAUGAAACAUACUUUGCCGUUGAUACAUUGGCUAUGUUGAUUGUUCGAAUUGUAUUGUUAGUUGAAGAUUCUAAGCAAGCUAUUGAUUAUUUGAAGAAAGUAUUGGGAAUAAUUAUUUUGAAUUUAAUUAAUGACCAUGAAACUUCAAAGGCCAAUUGGAAUGAACGUGCUUAUUUCAGAUUUUUUUCAUCUUUGUUAUCGACAUGGUGUGAUGCUUCAGUUUUGGAUGAAGAAGUUACUGUUAAUUUAGAUGUUGAAUUUUAUAAUUAUCUUGGAGAAUUAUUUAAUGCCUUGCAGCCAAUUGUUUUACCUGGUUUUACAUUUGCUUGGAUUUCAUUGAUUUCACAUCGUAUGUAUUUGCCCAAGUUAUUAGAAUUACCAGAGAGGAAAGGUUAUGCAACAUUGGUCAAAUUAUUGAGUUCGGCUUUGAAAUUCCAACAAAUUUAUGGUAACAACAAGCAAUCAUCAAGACGACAACAAGAACUUGAACAAGAACAAGAACAAGAACAAAAAGAUGAAAAAGAUGCAAAAGAUGCAAAAGAACAAAAUCAAGAACAAGAACAAGAACAGGAAAACUCACAACAAGGACCUGAAGUGAUCAAUGUAACUUAUAAAGCCAUCAACAGAAUUUUCAUUGGUAUUUUACAUGAUUUCCCUGAAUUUUUAGUUGAAUGCCAUUAUCAAUUGGUGACCAGUAUUCCAAGAGGAUAUAUUCAAUUAAGAAAUAUUGUUUUAUCGGCCACACCUAAAGAUAUCCAUGUACCAGAUCCUUUCACUCAAGGGUUAAAAGUUGAAAGAUUACCUGAGAUCAAUGAAUCACCAGUAGUGUUUUAUAAACCAAUUGAAGAUUUGAGUAAAGUUGGAUUAAAGAAACCCGUUGAAAACUUUUUAAGAAUUCCUGCCCCAGGGUUGAUGAGAACAAUUUAUAAUGGAUUAAAAUUGAAUCAGCCUAAAGAAGUGAAUGAAUUAGGGUAUGAGGAAACGAUCAAUUUCAAUAUAAAAUUGAUCAAUGCGUUGGUGUUGCACGUUGGAAUAUCCAGUGUUGCUGAUAGAUUACCCAAUAAUCGAGGAUUUAAUACCAAGUCAUCACAAGUGGCAUUAUUGGUUGAUUUAAUGAAUUAUGGAAACACUGAAUUCAAAUAUCAUUUGAUCAAUGCUAUUGCUAAUCAAUUGAGAUAUCCAAAUAGUCAUACUCAUUGGUUCAUUGGUAUUAUUUUACAUUUUUUCAGUAAUAACAAUAUUUGGAACAGUAAUGGUAAUAAGUUGGUUGUACAAGAGAUUAUCACUAGAGUUUUAUUGGAAAGAAGAAUCAGUAAUAAACCACAUCCUUGGGGAUUAACUAUAUUAUUUACUGAAUUGGUUAAGAAUGGGGAUUAUGGAUUUUUUGAAUUGCCAUUUGUUAAAGAUUCUGUUGAAGAAGUGAAGAAUAUUUUCAAUGUUUUGAGUAUAAAUGUUAAAGGUUCAACUCCUUAA